AUGCUGCUUGUCCGCUCGCCGUCGCUCCUCUCCCUGCCUCCUUCCUGCGUGUCGUGCCAUGCCAUCAGAACACACCCUUUCGGUCCGUCGGACCUUUCAGAGCUCACACUCCUUUUCAUCUACCUACCGAUUCCGUGGCCUCAUCCCUUCCCCUUCUUUUCUUUCACCUCCCCCUUCCCCGCUGUAGUAAGUAACCCUCUUUCCCUGGCGCCUUCCUCAUCCUCUUUCUCCUGUCUCGUUUCUCACUCUCCUUCUCCUCUUUCUCCUGUCUCGUUUCUCACUCUCCUUCUCCUCUUUCUCCUGUCUCGUUUCCCACUCUCCUUCUCCUCUUUCUCCUGUCUCGUUUCUCACUCUCCUUCGUUCGCAGCCAGUGGGGCUGGUGUGGAAGCAACGACUCCUUCUGCGGUGCGGGAUGCCAGAACGGGCCGUGCUCUGAUGAUUCGGAUGAUUUGGAUGGCUUCUCUCUCAUCACCCCGCCCCAUUCUCCCGCUUUCCAUCACCCCGCCACAUUCUCCCGCUUUCCAUCACCCCGCCCCAUUCUCCCGUUUUCCAUCACCCCGCCCCAUUCUCCCUCCUUCCAUCACCCCACCCCAUUCUCCCGCUUUCCAUCACUCCGCCCCGUUCUCCCGCUUUCCAUCACCUCGCCCCAUUCUCCCGCUUUCCAUCACCCCGCCCCAUUCUCCCGCUUUCCAUCACCCCGCCCCAUUCUCCCUCCUUUCAUCACCCCGCCCCAUCCUCCCGCUUUCCAUCACCCCGCCCCAUUCUCCCGCUUUCCAUCACCCCGCCCCAUUCUCCCGCUUUCCAUCACCCCGCCCCAUUCUCCCACUUUCCAUCACCCAGCCCCAUUCUCCCGCUUUCCAUCACCCCGCCCCAUUCUCCCGCUUUCCAUCACCCCGCCCCUUUCUCCCGCUUUCCAUCACCCCGCCCCAUUCUCCCGCUUUCCAUCACCCCGCAACAUUCUCCCUCCUUCCAUCAACCCGCCCCAUUCUCCCGCUUUCCAUCACCCCGCCCCAUUCUCCCGCUUUCCAUCACCCCCCUUCCAUCACCCCGCCCCAUUCUCCCGCUUUCCAUCACCCCGCCCCAUUCUCCCGCUUUCCAUCACCCCGCCCCAUUCUCCCGCUUUCCAUCACCCCGCCCCAUUCUCCCGCUUUCCAUCACCCCGCCCCAUUCUGCCGCUUUCCAUCACCCCGCCCAUUCUCCCGCUUUCCAUCACCCCGCCCCAUUCUCCCGCUUUCCAUCACCCCGCCCCAUUCUCCCGCUUUCCAUCACCCCGCCCCAUUCUCCCGCUUUCCAUCACCCCGCCCCAUUCUCCCGCUUUCCAUCACCCCGCCCCAUUCUCCCGCUUUCCAUCACCCCGCCCCAUUCUUCCGCUUUCCAUCACCCCGCCCCACCAUUCUCCAGCUUUCCAUCACCCCGCCCCAUUCUCCAGCUUUCCAUCACCCCGCCCCAUUCUCCAGCUUUCCAUCACCCCGCCCCAUUCUCCUGCUUUCCAUCACCCCGCCCCAUUCUCCCGCUUUCCAUCACCCCGCCCCAUUCUCCCUCCUUUCAUCACCCCGCCCCAUCCUCCCGCUUUCCAUCACCCCGCCCCAUUCUCCCGCUUUCCAUCACCCCGCCCCAUUCUCCCGCUUUCCAUCACCCCGCCCCAUUCUCCCGCUUUCCAUCACCCAGCCCCAUUCUCCCGCUUUCCAUCACCCCGCCCCAUUCUCCCGCUUUCCAUCACCCCGCCCCAUUCUCCCGCUUUCCAUCACCCCGCCCCAUUCUCCCGCUUUCCAUCACCCCGCCCCAUUCUCCCGCUUUCCAUCACCCCGCCCCAUUCUCCCGCUUUCCAUCACCCCGCCCCAUUCUCCCGCUUUCCAUCACCCCGCCCCAUUCUCCCUCCUUCCAUCACCCCGCCCCAUUCUCCAGCUUUCCAUCACCCCGCCCCAUUCUCCUGGUUUCCAUCACCACGCCCCAUUCUCCCACUUUCCAUCACCCCGCCCCAUUCUCCCGCUUUCCAUCACCCCGCCCCAUUCUCCCGCUUUCCAUCACCCCGCCCCAUUCUGCCGCUUUCCAUCACCCCGCCCCAUUCUCCCGCUUUCCAUCACCCCGCCCCAUUCUCCCGCUUUCCAUCACCCCGCCCCAUUCUCCCGCUUUCCAUCACCCCGCCCCAUUCUCCCGCUUUCCAUCACCCCGCCCCAUUCUCCCGCUUUCCAUCACCCCGCCCCAUUCUCCCGCUUUCCAUCACCCCGCCCCAUUCUCCCUCCUUCCAUCACCCCGCCCCAUUCUCCCUCCUUCCAUCACCCCGCCCCAUUCUCCCGCUUUCCAUCACCCCGCCCCAUUCUCCCGCUUACCAUCACCCCGCCCCAUUCUCCCGCUUUCCAUCACCCCGCCUCAUUCUCCCGCUUUCCAUCACCCCGCCCCAUUCUCCCUCCUUCCAUCACCCCGCCCCAUUCUCCCGCUUUCCAUCACCCCGCCCCAUUCCCCUGCUUUCCAUCACCCCGCCCCAUUCUCCCGCUUUCAUCACCCCGCCCCAUUCUCCCUCCUUCCAUCAGCCCGCACCAUUCUCCCGCUUUCCAUCACCCCGCCCCAUUCUCCCUCCUUCAAUCACCCGGCCCCAUUCUCCCUCCUUCCAUCACCCCGCCCCAUUCUCCCGCUCCAUCAACCCGCCCCAUUCUCCCGCUUUCCAUCACCCCGCCCCAUUCUCCCGCUUUCCGUCAGCCCGCCCCAUUCUCCCGCUUUCCAUCACCUCGCCCCAUUCUCCCUCCUUCCAUCACCCCGCCCCAUUCUUCCGCUUUCCAUCACCCCGCCCCAUUCUCCCUCCUUCCAUCACCCCGCCCCAUUCUCCCUCCUUCCAUCACCCCGCCCCAUUCUCCCGCUUUCCAUCAACCCGCCCCAUUCUCCCGCUUUCCAUCACCCCGCCCCAUUCUCCCGCUUUCCAUCACCCCGCCCCAUUCUCCCUCCUUCCAUCACCCCGCCCUAUUCUCCCGCUUUCCAUCACCCCGCCCCAUUCUCCCGCUUUCCAUCACCCCGCCCCAUUCUCCCGCUUUCCAUCACCCCGCCCCAUUCUCCCGCUUUCCAUCUCCCCGCCCCAUUCUCGCGCUUUCCAUCACCCCGACCCAUUCUCCUGCUUUCCAUCACCCCGCCCCUUUCUCCCUCCUUCCAUCACCCCGCCCCAUUCUCCCGCUUUCCAUCACCCCGCCCCAUUCUCCAGCUUUCCAUCACCCCGCAACAUUCUCCCUCCUUCCAUCAACCCGCCCCAUUCUCCCGCUUUCCAUCACCCCGCCCCAUUCUCCCGCUUUCCAUCACCCCCCUUCCAUCACCCCGCCCCAUUCUCCCGCUUUCCAUCACCCCGCCCCAUUCUCCCGCUUUCCAUCACCCCGCCCCAUUCUCCCGCUUUCCAUCACCCCGCCCCAUUCUCCCGCUUUCCAUCACCCCGCCCCAUUCUGCCGCUUUCCAUCACCCCGCCCAUUCUCCCGCUUUCCAUCACCCCGCCCCAUUCUCCCGCUUUCCAUCACCCCGCCCCAUUCUCCCGCUUUCCAUCACCCCGCCCCAUUCUCCCGCUUUCCAUCACCCCGCCCCAUUCUCCCGCUUUCCAUCACCCCGCCCCAUUCUCCCGCUUUCCAUCACCCCGCCCCAUUCUCCCGCUUUCCAUCACCCCGCCCCACCAUUCUCCAGCUUUCCAUCACCCCGCCCCAUUCUCCAGCUUUCCAUCACCCCGCCCCAUUCUCCAGCUUUCCAUCACCCCGCCCCAUUCUCCUGAUUUCCAUCACCCCGCCCCAUUCUCCCGCUUUCCAUCACCCCGCCCCAUUCUCCCGCUUUCCAUCACCCCGCCCCAUUCUCCCGCUUUCCAUCACCCCGCCCCAUUCUCCCGCUUUCCAUCACCCAGCCCCAUUCUCCCGCUUUCCAUCACCCCGCCCCAUUCUCCCGCUUUCCAUCACCCCGCCCCAUUCUCCCGCUUUCCAUCACCCCGCCCCAUUCUCCCGCUUUCCAUCACCCCGCCCCAUUCUCCCGCUUUCCAUCACCCCGCCCCAUUCUCCCGCUUUCCAUCACCCCGCCCCAUUCUCCCGCUUUCCAUCACCCCGCCCCAUUCUCCCUCCUUCCAUCACCCCGCCCCAUUCUCCAGCUUUCCAUCACCCCGCCCCAUUCUCCCGGUUUCCAUCACCACGCCCCAUUCUCCCACUUUCCAUCACCCCGCCCCAUUCUCCCGCUUUCCAUCACCCCGCCCCAUUCUCCCGCUUUCCAUCACCCCGCCCCAUUCUGCCGCUUUCCAUCACCCCGCCCCAUUCUCCCGCUUUCCAUCACCCCGCCCCAUUCUCCCGCUUUCCAUCACCCCGCCCCAUUCUCCCGCUUUCCAUCACCCCGCCCCAUUCUCCCGCUUUCCAUCACCCCGCCCCAUUCUCCCGCUUUCCAUCACCCCGCCCCAUUCUCCCGCUUUCCAUCACCCCGCCCCAUUCUCCCUCCUUCCAUCACCCCGCCCCAUUCUCCCUCCUUCCAUCACCCCGCCCCAUUCUCCCGCUUUCCAUCACCCCGCCCCAUUCUCCCGCUUACCAUCACCCCGCCCCAUUCUCCCGCUUUCCAUCACCCCGCCUCAUUCUCCCGCUUUCCAUCACCCCGCCCCAUUCUCCCUCCUUCCAUCACCCCGCCCCAUUCUCCCGCUUUCCAUCACCCCGCCCCAUUCCCCUGCUUUCCAUCACCCCGCCCCAUUCUCCCGCUUUCAUCACCCCGCCCCAUUCUCCCUCCUUCCAUCAGCCCGCACCAUUCUCCCGCUUUCCAUCACCCCGCCCCAUUCUCCCUCCUUCAAUCACCCGGCCCCAUUCUCCCUCCUUCCAUCACCCCGCCCCAUUCUCCCGCUCCAUCAACCCGCCCCAUUCUCCCGCUUUCCAUCACCCCGCCCCAUUCUCCCGCUUUCCGUCAGCCCGCCCCAUUCUCCCGCUUUCCAUCACCUCGCCCCAUUCUCCCUCCUUCCAUCACCCCGCCCCAUUCUUCCGCUUUCCAUCACCCCGCCCCAUUCUCCCUCCUUCCAUCACCCCGCCCCAUUCUCCCUCCUUCCAUCACCCCGCCCCAUUCUCCCGCUUUCCAUCAACCCGCCCCAUUCUCCCGCUUUCCAUCACCCCGCCCCAUUCUCCCGCUUUCCAUCACCCCGCCCCAUUCUCCCUCCUUCCAUCACCCCGCCCUAUUCUCCCGCUUUCCAUCACCCCGCCCCAUUCUCCCGCUUUCCAUCACCCCGCCCCAUUCUCCCGCUUUCCAUCACCCCGCCCCAUUCUCCCGCUUUCCAUCUCCCCGCCCCAUUCUCGCGCUUUCCAUCACCCCGACCCAUUCUCCUGCUUUCCAUCACCCCGCCCCUUUCUCCCUCCUUCCAUCACCCCGCCCCAUUCUCCCGCUUUCCAUCACCCCGCCCCAUUCUCCCGCUUUCCAUCACCCCGCCCCAUUCUCCCGCUUUCCAUCACCCCGCCCCAUUCUCCCGCUUUCCACCACCCCGCCCCAUUCUCCCUCUUUCCAUCACCCCGCCCCAUUCCAUCACCCCGCCCCAUUCUCCCGCCUUCCAUCGCCCCGCCCCAUUCUCCCGCCUUCCAUCACCCCGCCCCAUUCUCCCGCUUUCCAUCGCCCCGCCCCAUUCUCCCGCUUUCCAUCACCCCGCCCCAUUCUCCCUCCUUCCAUCACCCCGCCCCAUUCUCCCUCCUUCCAUCACCCCGCCCCAUUCUCCCGCUUUCCAUCACCCCGCCCCAUUCUCCCGCUUUCCAUCACCCCGCCCCAUUCUCCCGCGUUCCAUCACCCCGCCCCAUUCUCCCUCCUUCCAUCACCCCGCCCCAUUCUCCCUCCUUCCAUCACCCCGCCCCAUUCUCCCGCUUUCCAUCACCCCGCCCCAUUCUCCCGCUUUCCAUCACCCCGCCAUAUUCUCCCGCUUUCCAUCACCCCGCCCCAUUCUCCCGCUUUCCAUCACCCCGCCCCAUUCUCCCGCUUUCCAUCACCUCGCCCCAUUCUCCCGCUUUCCAUCACCCCGCACCAUUCUCCCGCUUUCCAUCACCCCGCAACAUUCUCCCUCCUUCCAUCACCCCGCCCCAUUCUCCCGCUUUCCAUCACCCCGCCCCAUUCUCCCGCUUUCCAUCAACCCGCCCGAUUCUCCCGCUUUCCCUCACCCCGCCCCAUUCUCCCGCUUUCCAUCACCCCGCCCCAUUCUCCAGCUUUCCAUCACCCCGCCCCAUUCUCCCGCUUUCCAUCACCCCGCCCCAUUCUCCCUCUUUCCAUCACCCCGCCCCAUUCUCCCGCCUUCCAUCGCCCCGCCCCAUUCUCCCGCCUUCCAUCACCCCGCCCCAUUCUCCCGCUUUCCAUAGCCCCGCCCCAUUCUCCCGCUUUCCAUCACCCCGCCCCAUUCUCCCUCCUUCCAUCACCCCGCCCCAUUCUCCCUCCUUCCAUCACCCCGCCCCAUUCUCCCGCUUUCCAUCACCCCGCCCCAUUCUCCCGCUUUCCAUCACCCCGCCCCAUUCUCCCGCUUUCCAUCACCCCGCCCCAUUCUCCCUCCUUCCAUCACCCCGCCCCAUUCUCCCUCCUUCCAUCACCCCGCCCCAUUCUCCCACUUUCCAUCACCCCGCCCCAUUCUCCCGCUUUCCAUCACCCCGCCCCAUCUCCCGCUUUCCAUCACCCCGCCCCAUUCUCCCUCCUUCCAUCACCCCGCCCCAUUCUCCCUCCUUCCAUCACCCCGCCCCAUUCUCCCGCUUUCCAUCACCCUGCCCCAUUCUCCCUCCUUCCAUCACCCCGCCCCAUUCUCCCUCCUUCCAUCACCCCGCCCCAUUCUCCCGCUUUCCAUCACCCCGCCCCAUUCUCCCGCUUUCCAUCACCCCGCCCCAUUCUCCCGCCUUCCAUCACCCCGCCCCAUUCUCCCGCUUUCCAUCACCCCGCUGCAUUCUCCCGCUUUCCAUAACCCUUCCCCAUUCUCCCUCCUUCCAUCACCCCGAACCAUUCUCUCUCCUUCUAUCACCCCGCCCCAUUCUCCCGCUUUCCAUCACCCCGCACCAUUCUCCCGCUUUCCAUCACCCCGCCCCAUUCUCCCGCUUUCCAUCACCCCGCCCCAUUCUCCCGCUUUCCAUCACCCCGCCCCAUUCUCCCGCUUUCCAUCACCCCGCCCCAUUCUCCCUCCUUCCUUAA